AAAACGACUGCCAAGGCGCGUCGAUCGUGGAGCGUUGUGAAAAGAUUCUGUAAAAGGAACUGAGUGCGCUGUCGAAAAUAUCGCCAUAAGUCGUGCGUCCAGGAUUCAUACGCACACAAACACGCUCUGCAGCCAUUAAAAGAGCACUGUAUUAUGUCGGGGCUUAAAAAAUUCCAAGACAACGAGGAAUGGCGUCAGAAACUACGAGCGUUUCUCAUGGCAGAUCGAUUGCCGAAAAAACCCGUGAAAAUGGAUGAAUCGAAGGAUAUGCGCUAUAGUCUUGAGAUCGAUGAGGAUCUGAGGAGACCUCUUGAAGCCAGGAAGAAGAAAAUUGAGGCGGCAAAACCCAUUAGUCUCGCAAGCAUCAAUCUCAACGAGGAAACCAUGUAUGAGGGCGGAUCCUUGGACCAAUUGGAUGACGGCGACGAUAGCUUCAGCGCCUUUGAGCGAAUGUGCGACAAGACGGGUUCCGACCCGGACAGCACUCUGUUCCAGUACCUGCACAGCGAGGACCGAAGCCAGGUUAUGGCCAAGGCCAAGGAUCGCAGUACCGAUGAUCAAAAGGAGAUCGAGGCACUGCGUCGCAUGCUCGAGGCAGUAGGCACUGAUGACGACCUGCUGGACAACGAGAGUCCCGUGAAGGGAGUGGAGUGCACCCAGCUGGAGGAUGUAGAGGCGCCGUCGCGCUUCUGGGACAAUACUCUCGCCUGCGAUGAUGAGUCCGCGUCUGGGUCUGACCUGAAGCACAAUGCUAAGGUCUCGCCUGUCAAAAUGGUGGGUCUGCUCCGCCCCUCGACCAUCAUCGAGGACAAUGAACUGGAAUCCGAUGUAUCUUCCCAUAUAAGCUUCCAAAGCGCUCGAACUUUGAAGACUAACGCCUCUAGCUGCUACGAAACAGCCACGGAUGGUUCCCUCAGUGGAACGCUCCUGAACGUCGAUGAUCUGUUCUACGCAGCAAUUGCCAAGACCAAGCCACCAGAAAUGUCCAAGGCGGAGGAGCUAGAGCUUUUGAGCGAUCUUCACGGCAGUCUAAGGGAGCUGUCAUCGCUUCCAAUGCAGGAAGAGGAGGAGCCAUUGGAUGUCUUAGAGGAUACCAUAAUAGAGUUGUCCUCAUCAGACGAUGAGGAGGUGCAGCUUGUUUCAGAAGUGAAGCAGGAGAAUACCUCUUGCGUGUCCACUGUCGACGUGGAUAAUCCCCCUGAAAAGGAGCAAUCGGAAAACAGCUUGGAAAACAAGGAAAACUUGGAGAACUCGUUGCAUUUUAAUGAUACCAUGGAGGAAAUGCAGUACAUGAUGGAAAAGGGCAUGCAGUAUAUGGAUAUGGCUGGUACAACGCCAACUGCCACUGACGUCAAAUCGAAAAGCCCUGUGCUAGCCAAGCAGAGCACGUUUGUGAUUUCACCCAAGCAAACGCCUAAAACACCCGCAUUUUUGCAGCCACCGUUACCGCUGCGCCCUUGCAACAAGCCACACACAGUAGCAGCAUUGCCCAGCAAGGGCAAUCAGCAGCAACUUAACAUGGAGUGGACCAGGAAGAAGUUCUUUAGCGCAUCCUCGGGCAUCCCCCAGCGUCGCCAACAGCAAAUGAAACAGCCGCCUUUCGCCAACAUUGUCAGUCCCAUCCGUGCCUACACACAGAAGUCGGGCACUGCUCCGCUGAUGAGAACAUUUCGGCCCACAAGUACGGAUAUGCUGACCAGCUUGGCCAUCAGUGAGCUGGAGCAAGAAUCCCGCUUGUGUCAGAUGAAGACUGUUUCCACCAAACAGGCCGGUACAUACGAGGCGACUGGUGGGCUAGGCAUUAAAGGAAUCGAUUCCACCGCGCUCAUGCUGCCCAAAAAGGCUUAUAUAUCCUCGGAGAUCAAGCACGUGGUGGACGAGCGUACUCCCAUGCCCAUGCCAAGCGUACCUCGGAUUCAAAAAUACCUGAACUCGGCCGUGGAACCCACUGUCCUUCGUCACGACGGCAAAAUGAAAAUGCCCGGUGAGGCACCGCGAACUCCGUCAUCAUCGCACAUCCCACGACGCGCUAACCACAGCCUGGCUGAUCUAUCGCUAGCCUCAGGUGACGUGUCUUUGUACACGAUUAGAGAUGCACAAAAGUUUUAAGGCCCUUAAAAUAACACACUCGCUUAGUUUUAAUAUUGCAACGAUAAUAAAAAUAUUGUUUAUGUAGUGCUAGUAAA